UUGAUCCGAUAGGAUUACUAAUGUAACUCCAGGUUAUGUAGACUUCUGGGAUCAGCAGCUUGAACGUCUACAUAAUUUUUCAACGACUGGUUAACCUCCGGUGAAAAAUGCUCCUUCUGCUGAGAUGCUUUCCACUCGACCAAGAUUGAAGUAUCUUUCUGGUGAUAAACGAAAGACAUCCACUGGAUGUUCACAGGACGGUCGUAAUGUAAGACCUCGAAUCCAUGUAGACUUCUCAGAAACCGAAGCAAUUAUUCAUGGAGGAGAGGGCAGGAGCAAGAAUUAUAAGCUGUUACCUAACGCCAUAAAAUCCCCAAUUGCUUCUUUGAACUUUGCGCCAUUAAGUAUUGACGGUCUUCGACUCUCUGCUGCUGGGCAUACGAUUUAUGACUCAAGUGUUGAAAGAGAGGCUGAAGAGGAUGUCUCCGUGGAAGUGGAGAGCACUGGUGAUGUUUAUUUGGAGGAUAGCAACAAGGAAAACCCCUAGAACUCGAAACCAAAUGAAAGUAAUGGUGUUGUUGACGUUGAUACAAGCAAUUCUCUUUCUUUGAACACUCCAGAGCCCA